GGGCACAGGUGGGUGACAUUGCAGAGUGGCACAGGUGGGUGCACUGCUGGGCACAGGUGGGCGCACUGCUGGGCACAGGUGGGUGGAGCUAGUGGGCGCACUGCUGGGCACAGGUGGGUGGAACUUGCGGGUGGCACUGCUGGGCACCGAUCAUCAGUACUUUCCUCAGGAUCUGACAGCGUGAGGAAAGUGCAGCCGAGAACUGGCACUUGCAUUUCCCUCUGAUCAGCGUGUCAUUGGCUGAUCAGGUGGUAAAAGGCCGCUGUGAUUGGCCUUUUACCACAUCACGUGAUCAGCUGUG